UCGGCGAAGCAAAGACGGGUUUUAGGCGGGCUGCUGUUAGGCCGAAUCUGAAAAUAUUGCUUCCCUUUAACCAACUAUUAAUAACACCCAAAUCGAGAGCAAAUUAGAAUUGUUUUCUGCGCCACAUAGUAAUUGUCAACAUUUACCCUUUAAAAACAGCAUUAAAUCCCGUGCGGUUGUGUGACACCAACAAAAAGCGGCUCCCCGGUUCUGUGUGUAGAAAAUUUUGACCAAGUGUGUUGCUGUUGAAAGUAUUGCUCCGUGCAGAACAGUAAAGUGAAGAAUUUAUAUUUGUGAUAAAAGCGACCGAUAAAGAACCAAGCAAAAUGCCACAAACAAAUGGAUUUGCUGCGAACUCCAACGGCCACAGCGGCUAUGAGAUGGAGGAUGGCUGCUCCUUUCUGUUCACAUCGGAAUCCGUCGGAGAGGGUCACCCCGAUAAAAUGUGUGACCAGAUCAGUGAUGCCAUUCUGGAUGCCCAUCUCGAGCAGGAUCCGAAUGCCAAAGUUGCAUGUGAAACGAUCUCCAAGACCGGCAUGAUUCUGUUGUGCGGAGAAAUCACAUCGAAGGCCGUCAUCGAUUACCAGCGUGUUGUUCGGGAAACAGUCAAGCACAUCGGUUAUGAUGAUUCUUCGAAAGGAUUCGAUUACAAAACAUGCAACGUGCUGUUGGCGCUGGAUCAGCAAUCGCCAAACAUUGCCGCCGGGGUGCAUGUGAACAGGCCCGAGGAGGAGGUCGGCGCGGGUGACCAGGGUUUGAUGUUCGGAUACGCUACGGACGAGACUGAAGAAUGCAUGCCGCUGACCGUGGUGUUAGCCCAUCGAUUGAAUGAAAAGAUCGCUGAACUGCGACGCAGUGGAGAUUUCUGGUGGGCUCGUCCGGAUUCGAAGACGCAAGUCACUGCGGAAUACGUGUUCGAAUCUGGUGCAUGCGUGCCGCAGCGUGUGCACACUGUUGUUGUGUCCCUGCAGCAUUCGGAUAAAAUCACCCUUGAAGAGCUCCGCAAAGAGAUAAUGGAGAAAGUGAUCAAGGAUGUGAUCCCGGCCAAGUACUUCGACGCGAACACGAUCGUUCACAUCAAUCCGUGCGGAUUGUUCAUUAUCGGUGGACCGCAGGGUGAUGCGGGACUGACUGGGCGCAAGAUCAUCGUCGACACGUACGGAGGCUGGGGAGCGCACGGUGGUGGUGCCUUCUCCGGAAAAGAUUUCACAAAGGUGGAUCGUUCCGCUGCGUAUGCUGCUCGUUGGGUUGCAAAAUCGCUCGUCAAGGCAGGCAUCUGUCGGCGAUGUCUGGUGCAGGUGGCAUACGCCAUCGGUCUGGCAGAACCUCUAUCAAUCACCGUGUUCCACUACGGCACAUCCAAGUACAACCAGAAGGAACUGCUAAAGAUUGUGUCGGAUAAUUUCGAUUUGCGUCCGGGCAAAAUUGUGAAGGAUCUGAAGCUACGCACCCCAUUCUAUCAGCGCACCAGCACAUACGGUCACUUUGGUCGCUCCGGUUUCCCAUGGGAGGAGCCCAAAGAGCUGGUAAUUGAAUGAUGUCAUCCGGAUCCGGUCAAGCUGCCGCCAGCCAUCAGCGAUGAGAGCGUUUACCGCCCGACAAGCGGUACGGUCACAUCAACCGAGUCCGAGAUGGUUGGUGAUGAGGAGAUGGAAGCCAGCGCUUCGAAGAAAGCAAAACUAGAUUUAACAGUGACCUCCACGUUGCCGUAAAUGGUUCUUUAUUAUUGCUUUUGUUAAGCAACCUUUUUUAUGAUAAUUAUUUUGCUCAUUUUGCACAUAAUGUGUGUGUUCAUACAUGCAGGAUUGUAAGGAGGCGCAUCACAAUUUAAAUACACCUUUCGGGUGACCUUUAUUCAUUUUUUUUUAUCUAAACGCAAACCCAGUAGAAUCUUGCAAACCCGUCUUUAGCUUUCGCUUUAUGUACUUGAACUUAAAAUAGCAUUAUCGACGAAAUGCGAAGAGCAGGGAGAAAAUUAAACACAAAAGGAAGACAAUUUACUAUGUUUUCAGGAAAAGUUAAGAUAGUCGUAAGAUUAAAACAAAAACAGAAAAAAAAAACUGUGAAUUCUUUGUCCCGCGGAACUCGAGCGGAGCUAGACCAUUCGGUUGGCCACAGUAGGAACCAGUUUCAGAUCAAAGUGCUCUACACCGGAAUACCACCUCCGGAAAGGAGCUACCUGCUGCAAAAUUUGUUGUGCGGUGUGAGGAAGAUUGCUUAAUCACCUUGUUACCUUCCAUAGUCCACUGAACAAAUACUAUCGAAGGAGCACUACGUGUGCCGCAUGGUUACCAACAUUUUAAGGGUUAUGUCGAAUAUUAGAUUACAGAAAACAGGGAGAGGAGAGCGAUAGAGUUUGCAAAACAAAAAUCCAGGAAGACAAAUGUUGCUAGCCAUGCAGCAAAGGAUGCGUUUGGAAACCGUAUUUAUAUUGGACUAAAUCUGAUCUGAGUAGAUGAUUGACUAUUCGGUUAUUAAUUUAGAGAACGUGAAGAGCACUUUGUUGUCCAUUCGUCAAAUAUGCUAGAAAACGGCAGUAGGACACGAUCAAGCUAAAAAUGAAGUGCCCCCUACUUAUCUACGAUGAAACGUUUUAGUUCUUUUGCAGAGGUGAGCAUUUAAAGAGUGAGAAAUGAUGGUUAAGGAAAAGAUUGUCGUGUAAUACGGGCUAGUAUCGGUAGAUGAGAACGCAUACUAAUAUUGGAAUCCAAAAGGUGCUGUGGUUUGGUGGAGCGAUUAGGUUGUGUUACAAACUGCACAGACUAGCGCUUGCCUCCACAAGAGUUAGGAUUACUAAUGUGGGCUUUAUUUGAAGUGCAACCUAAUUAUUUGGUUUGGACGAAAACGGAGUAUGUACUGCCAUUACAUUUUACAACAGCCAGUAGUGGAACACUCCUAAGCACAUUCUGCACAAAUCAGUUCAUUGUUGCAUAAUCUACUACGUAAACUAUCUUCCUGUUUUUUUCCCUUUUUGUGUGUUCUUUGAAGAAUGGUGAAAUCCCAGUGCAUUUGAUGCCGUCAUUGUUUUGUGAUUUUAGGAUUUAAAAUCCAUAAAUUUAAAUUCUAAGAGUACGAAAUUAUGAAACAGCACCAUCAUUCGACAUUGGCCAUCAACCAGCACUGAACUGAACGAAGAAAGAGACGUACAACAAACAGCCACACACAUCUGAUAGCUUUAGAGUACUGGUAGACUGCGCAGCGCGGUUGUAAAGCGAAGCACACAACACAUACAAACAGGGCAACAAUGGCGCAAAUGUGAAUCUUAUAAUACAGAAUUGCAGAAACGUUAGUUAUCUGUUGCGCAAAAGCUAGUCCAAUUAAAAUGCGGUUUCAUCUUCCUCACUCUACCAGCACACGUUUUGUGUUGUGUUUACGAAAAGGAUUUUAUUUGUGGAAAAGAGCUUUUUCGAAAAUACUCCGGUCCGCUGAAUGGUCGAAGGAUGCCUCUCGGUACAAUAACAGCAGCAAAAGAAAAAGAUGAAAAAAUGUGUAUAAAAAAGAUGUCAAAAAAAAAAAAGAAUAAACAAAAUAACCAGUGAAAAUAUUAGAUUUAUUAUAAAAACGUGAAACAUACACAUCCA